CUUUUAAAACUUUGUUUGUUAUUUUAAUAUUAUCUUGUUUUAAUUUUCGUUGUUGUUGUUAGGACCCUAGAUGUUAGAGCCAUGGACAUAGCAGCACAAACAACAAUCAACAACAACAACAUCAACAAUAGUAGCACUACUCCAACAAAAUCAUCACCACCAACUGAAGAACAUGAAACUGAAACACCAACUAGGAUUAUUCAAAACACCACUACUACUACUACUACUACAACCAUACCCAACACACCAACACCAUCAAAGGCUUUAACUUUCUCAAAUGGGGUCCUAAAACGCCACCAAUGCCGUGAGCCAGAGGACCCGCUUAUCUCCUCUGCCUUCGAGUUUCAUUCACAAAACCGCCACCAUCCUCCUCCACCGCCUCCUCCACCGCCUCACCGGAGCCCUAACUCGGCAUCUCCGCCGCCGAUCUCCUCCGCUUACUAUCACCACCCGUCAGCAGCACCUCACAUGCUACUUGCCCUCUCCGGCGCUGGCAUCGCCGCGCCGCCGGAGAGCACCGCGGCACCAAUUUCCGCCGCCGCAGCUUUAGCUUCUCCGAGGAAGAGGUUCAGGACGAAGUUCAGCCAGGAGCAGAAGGAGAAGAUGCACAAGUUCGCAGAGCGUGUCGGGUGGAAGAUGCAGAAGAGAGACGAUGAUUUGGUUCAAGAGUUCUGCAGCGAGGUUGGCGUUGAUCGUGGUGUUCUCAAAGUCUGGAUGCAUAACAACAAGAACAAUCUCGCAAAGAAAGAGAGUAAUGGCGCUGCUGUUACCACCAUUAACGGUGGUGUUGGUGUUCUUGGUAGUGGUGGUGGUAGCAGAAGCAUUAUUAUGGAGGAAGAUCCUAAUAAUAACAACAACAACAAUGGUAAUGGUGUUGGUGUUGGUGUUAAUGGCGGUGCUAAUGGUUCUUCUUCUUCUUCUUAAUCCUACUCUUUCUUCAUUUCAUGGCAGAAAGAUGAUCAUAGGAAGAGAGCGAGAGAAUUAAAUAAUAUAUAAUAUGUUCUUCGAGGUAGAUUAAGGAUAUAUUAAUGGCACGGUACCUUAAUUAAUUGCUAGUUCUAUUUUUGCCCCUUCUCUAUCUUUUGUUAUUAAUUGUUUAGUUAUUAUAUAUGAUUAUAUUUUUAUUAAUGAUCAAUGAUGCUAUAUAUUAAUUUAAUUGAUGUAUGUACAUAGUAUGUGUUUAAUUUGAAGGAAUUAGGAGAAUGGAGAAAAUGAAAGUGUUUGCUGGGAAUUCUCCUUAGUAUUAAUGAUUUUUGUGUUGA